GACCAGUCUUGAUUUUUGUCUGAGGGCCUUUGAAUUGAAUGAAGAGAGUAACCCUGCUUAGAAACGAAGCAGUGUUUCUUUAGUUUAUUUAUUGCAGCUGAGUUUGGAAGAAAAAUCAAUUCUGCUCAGAAUUGGCUUUGUUUGCAAAUGUUGGAAUUUGAUGUGUUAAGAAAAGGCUGGAUGGGUGCUAUGAUUACUGCAAGUGAUUUAGUUGUUACACGUGUUUUCUUUAUUCUGGGACUUGUAGUUUUCCUGUGUGGUAUCCCUCUGUUAUCGAAGGUAGAAUGAAUGUAGCUGUUUUUCAUAGGGGGAUUUGGUGGCAUUAGUUGCAUGCUUUUGUGCAUAGCUGUGUGCUCUCCAUGUGUGCUGUCCCAGGCUGUGUAACAUUAUGUUCAAAGCGACAUGUAAGAAGUGGAGUAAACAGCUUUGGUCCAUAGUGAAACUAUUUCCCUCUGAGCUGUGCAGGGCGGAUGUCUGCCAGAUGGAGGCAUGCUCAGUAAGCCUGUUUUCGUCUUCUAAGAACCUGUAACCAUCAAUCAUCACUAGGCCUUGUUUUCUUCGCUGAAGCCUCCACACCCAGUCUGCAUGUUUAUUAUGCUGCCUUCAAGCUGGAUCCGGAAAUAUGGACUGUUGAGAGCUGCACACAAGUAACCCAACUGUUGUAAAUUGGACUGAGGAAGUGGGAACUGUAAAUGACAGUCAAGUUGUCAAGAUGUGACUCUCAGAUGGGUGGCUGUCAUGAAACUUUGGGACUGUAAACAUGAUGUUUUUUAUAUUAUUUUUUCUUCAUAGUGGUUGUCAUAUUUGGUAAUGUUGGCAUCAUGAGGUGGUUUUGUUCUCAGACUUGUUCUGAUGUUUUUGUAGUUGUUGUCUCCUCCUACGCUAAGAGGACAACCUGUAAAUAUGCAGGAAUUGUGAUCCGUAAAUGUUUGGCCUGGUGAGAAUGUUCUCUUUUGUGUAUUCAUGUUUGAAACAAAACAAUAACCCACCAAAAAUCUAUUUUUUAACAGUUAUAGCGGUCUCAAACCUAGACGUGAGGUCUUGUUUUCAGCUGCCGCAGCUGAUUUCACACAUCGCUUGCCGCCGCCGCCCCAACCCCCUUUUACAACUGUAGUACUGAGAAGUCUGUGCUAAAGAGGAGCACCUGAAGGCAGCAUCAGCCUUCAACCCUCUGCCGAGGCCUUGCAUAAUAUAUUCAGAAAUCCCGCCCACUUUUCAGCCUCCAAAUAGUGCUGCAGCCCGACAGUGCGCAACAGUUUGAGCUUUAAACAAGUGAACAAACGAUAUCUAAAGAUCCAUUUCAGCACACUUUAAAAACUGCGGAACAACAAUAAAGGAAUUUUUGAGAGGACUCGCACAACCUGCAAAAAUGAUUUUAGACAAGUUGAAAAAGUUUGCCAUCGUCUUCGACUCUCCGGAGGUGGACUGUCCUCCGGUGUUCAGCAGCGGGGACGUGGUGUCCGGCAGGGUGGUGUUGGACCUGGCCAGGGAGAGUCGUGUGGACUCCCUGAAACUCCACGCUGAGGGAUUCGCUAAAGUGCACUGGACCGAGUCCCGGUCCGCCGGCUCCAGCACCGCAUACACCCAGAACUUCAGCGACGAGGUGGAGUACCUGAACCGGAGAGAGGUGCUGCUGCAGGCAGAUAAUGGUGAAGUGACUGUCCUUCCUGCCGGCAGACAUGAAUUUCCAUUCAGCUUCCAGCUGCCUGAGGAGACACUGGUCACCUCCUUCGAGGGGAAACACGGCAGCAUCCGUUACUGGGUCAAAGUUAAGCUACACAGGCCAUGGGCCACUGUCAAGAAGAUCAAGAAGGAGUUUACAGUCAUCGAACCCAUCGACAUCAACACACCGGCCUUACUGGCGCCACAGGCUGGAACGAAGGACAAGAUGGCACGGGCAUGGUACCACAACUUUGGACAGGUGUCUGUAACUGCAAAGAUCGACCGCAAAGGCUAUACACCAGGUGAGGUGAUACCUGUCUUUGCAGAGUUCGACAACUCUACCUCCAGAUCAGUUGUGCCCAAAGCCUACAUCACUCAGACUCAGACGUUCAUCGCCCGUGGCACCAUAAAGCAGAAGCGCUCAGUUGUGGGCACACUGUGCGGUGAUAUUGUGGGCGCCAGAUGCAGGGAGACGUGGCACGGUCGCGCCAUCAAGAUCCCGCCUGUGGGUCCCUCCAUCCUGCAGUGCCGCAUCAUCAAAGUGGAGUACAUGCUCAAGGUUUGUGUUGAUGUUCCUGGGACAUCCAAGCUGUGUCUGGAGCUGCCGCUCGUCAUAGGCACCAUCCCCCUCCAUCCCUUCGGAAGCCGCACCUCCAGCGUCAGUAGCCAGUACAGCGUCAACCUGGAGUGGAUGCGCAUGGCCAUCCCCGAGCAGCCUGAGCCUCCUCCAGAUUACAGCUCUGUGGUGACAGAGGAGGAGGCCGAGCAGCGCAACAAUGCGGUGGUCCUGCAACCUGCCGAAGACCUGAGUGGGAUCCUGGAGCGCCCCCUCAUGGCUUUUGUCCAAGAGUUUCGCUUCAGACCGCCCCCUGUGUACAGCGAGAUUGACCCCAACCCUCAGCCCUUAAACAUGAGACCUCGCUGCAUGACAUGUUGAACCAUGAGCCCUGCCUGAGUGUCAAGCGACUUAAAUUAAUGAAACAAAUCAAGGGAUUUGUCUUCUCCUGGAUUACUUCUCUCUGAUAAAUGGCACCUGGUCCCACCAAGUGUCGUGGAGAGCGACUGGAGUGCCACGGAGAGGCCAGGAGACAGAGCUCACAGGAACUGGAUGUCAGUGGAGGAGCCGCCACUUUUUUUCCAAGUCCAUAAAGUAAAGGGGACGCUUUCCUGUUAUGUUGCGAGGAAAGUCACUUCUGCACAUCAGUUCCUGUCCUCCCCAAGUGAUCUUUGGCUCCUGGCAAAGUGAGCUACAAAUACCUCCCAAUCAACCAUUCCCUCAUGUGAAGAGAAUUUUGAGAUUUAAGGAGUUUGGGACAUACUGGGGGGUGGGGAUCACUUGAUGUUUGUCAGGUGGAGAGUUGGAGUUGCACCUGGUGUUCAAAUGUUUUGAAAAAAAGCGCUCUUGAUAAGUUGACAUAUGUUUGAAGCACAUUGUCAUCUUUGAGUGGCGUAAAGAGAGAAGUGCAAUUAUUAUCUUCAGUUUCCAACUCCCCUUGUCCUGGCAACACAGCAGAUUCUAACAACCUACAUUGCUAUGCAUUGUGUUCCUGGGAUGAUUUCUACUGUUACUUAAGCACAUACUGUAUCUGAUGGUGUGAUGGUGGAGCAGAGAAGUCAAGUAAGCAGAUGUAUUUUAUGCAUGCAGGUCACAAUAUGUAAAAGGGAAAACUAUGUAUGCCUUAAUUAUCUGCCAUUGAAGAUUACAUGAGAGUUUCAGGGAGUCGUUCUCUCAUCAGAGUUGAAUAGAGCUGAAUGUAUUCUGAAAGAACUUAGAACAAAAACGGUUGAAUUGUAUGUGGAUGAAUUCCAAGAGAAGUGUUGUGUUAAUGCAAGGCUAAAGGCACUGAAGUGUCAGAUAGCUGUGGUUGUUGAUUUUAGCACAGUGAUUAAAUAGGAUGAGCGGUUUGUGUAUAAAGCUGCACGAGGCUCAUAGAUUAGCUCUCCCAGCUGCUAAACAAAAGGAGGAGACGGAGACCUCUGAGCCAUGUGGCCUGAAGCUUUUGAUGGGAGCCAGAUGCCUCGGUGCUCAACCAGAAAACACUGCUCAGCAUUCAAGUCGAGCCUUAAGCUGGAUAUGCCACUGAAAUGUAUGGACAAAGAACAUUCCAAAAACUGACUCGAGGAUUAUGUUUUUUCCUCAACUUCCAAAAAACUGUUAGGAGUAUGAAAGAAGUCUUCAGGGUCAGCAGUGCGACGUGCAGUGGCACGCACUGAUAAAACAAAUGUAUUUUUAUACAAAUGCAAUUGUUGAGUCACAAUCUUACCAAAGUUUUGUAAUUGUUUUUUCUAAUAAAAAAAAGCUUAAAUGGA